GAAGUUGUUUAAGUUAAAUGUAAGAUCACUAAAUGGGCAAAGUGGGCUUGAGGUGGGGAUGAGAUGAGCCUAGCCUUCGGAGACCCACUGUAAUUGAUUAGUAUCGAGGUGCUCCACUCCCUCAGGUAAAACUGGAGACGGGAGAUCUGGUUUCAGACCACCGAGUUCCCGAGGGAGGAAAUGGCAGCAGAGCUCUUGCUUUAGCGCUGUUCGGAUAGGGCGCAUGGAGAGCCAAUCAGCGCGCGCGCUGCGCUCUUUUAGCGCGACACCACUGGACGGGGAGCACAGCGUCUCCAACCAACGUCCAAAACUUAGGAGCUUGUUGACACGGACAUCUCCAACCAAGACAUUUUGUAGAACCUUUUCGAAAAAACAUUUCAUUAGCACUAUCAGCACUAUCGCAUCAGGAUUCAAACCCCAUUCCGCUCUUUUCUGCAGUCCAAAAGCAGAGCGGUUUGGCCGUCAGGAGUAACGCGCCCACCGUCGUCCGUCAUGUCCAUGUUGCCCUCGUUCGGCUUCACGCAGGAGCAGGUCGCGUGCGUGUGCGAGGUGCUGCAGCAGGGCGGGAACCUCGAGCGACUGGGCCGCUUCCUGUGGUCCCUGCCGGCCUGCGACCACCUCCACAAGAAUGAGAGUGUGCUCAAGGCCAAAGCUGUAGUGGCGUUCCACCGCGGCAACUUUAGGGAGCUGUACAAAAUCCUGGAGAGCCACCAGUUUUCGCCGCACAACCACCCCAAGCUGCAGCAGCUGUGGCUGAAAGCCCACUACAUCGAGGCCGAAAAGCUGAGGGGGCGGCCGCUGGGCGCUGUGGGUAAAUACCGAGUACGGAGGAAGUUUCCUUUACCGCGCACCAUAUGGGACGGAGAGGAGACCAGCUACUGUUUCAAAGAGAAGAGCCGCGGCGUGCUGAGGGAGUGGUACACGCACAACCCAUAUCCCUCUCCACGAGAAAAGAGAGAGCUGGCUGAAGCCACAGGGCUCACCACCACACAAGUGAGCAACUGGUUUAAAAACAGGAGACAGAGGGAUCGAGCCGCUGAGGCCAAAGAAAGAGAGAACAGUGAGAACAGCAACGCAGGCGCGAACAAACAGAACCAGCUGUCUCCGCUGGACGGCGGCAAGUCGCUGAUGUCCAGCUCAGAAGAGGACGAGUUCUCUCCUCCACAGAGUCCCGAGCAGAACCCGGCUCUCCUGCUGCAGGCCAACAUGAGCCACCCCGCCUCCUCCUACAGCAUGAGCGGCCUGGCCAUGCAGAGCCACCCGCACCAGCACCAGCUCCACGACUCCAUACUGGGACCUCUGACCUCCAGCCUGGUGGACCUGGGCUCUUAAGCCAUUAAGACUGAAAUUCUAUUUAUUUUUUGUUGUUUUAUUUUGUACGGAUCAAUAGAGCGAGCUAUUCUGCCCCUUUACUGUAGAUAUAAACCUCGAACGGUAUAAUGUGAACACCAGAAAUCUGUAGGUUUUUAUCCUGGUAAAGUUUCACAGUAGGUUUAUACCGCAGUAGCAGGCUGAUAGCCGCAUGGACUGACAUUUGCCAAGUCGUUAAACUGGACAGAGGACAAAACCAAAAUCAGUAAAUAAAACCAGUCUUCAUCACUCUCA